AUGGCGGCGAGUGUGGCCUCCAAGCGUCUCUUCCAAGAAUACAAGUCCCUCCUGACCAAUCCACCCGAUGGCAUCACCGCAGGUCCAGUGAGCGAAGAUGAUCUCUUUGUCUGGGAGGCUUUGAUCCAAGGCCCUGAAGGCACUCCCUUCGAAGGCGGCAUCUUCCCUGCAGAACUCAGAUUCCCCAAAGACUACCCUCUGAACCCGCCCAAGAUGAAGUUUCUCGGCGAAAUCUGGCAUCCUAAUGUCUACACUAACGGCGAAGUCUGCAUUUCCAUCCUGCACCCCCCCGGCGACGACCCAAACCACUACGAGAGUGCCUCGGAGAGAUGGUCACCUAUUCAGAGCGUGGAGAAGAUCUUGAUAUCUGUCAUGUCAAUGUUGGCCGAGCCGAAUGAUGAAAGUCCUGCAAACGUGGAGGCAGCAAAAAUGUGGAGAGAACGACGGCCAGAUUUUGAGAAGAAAGUAAGAGAAGGAGUGCGACGUUCACUGGGUCUAUGA